GCUAUCCUCAACAACAACAAACGCUGACCCCCACCAGCGAGUGAGGCCCCUCUCACUCUCGGGGCCCCAUACCCCCACCGCUUUCUUCUCUCUCUCUUUCUUUCUCGCUAUACACCGCGAACGAGACGACUUCUCGGGACAGUCAGUCUUUCACCCGGCGACGAUCUGUGCGCACACAGAGGUGUAUACCGUCGCGAGUGUGUUUUUUUUUUGUUACUCCUUGGCUCUGUGUGCACGUGUGCUGUGUUGUGCGAUGUCCAGCAGCGCGGGAUGACAGUGUUUACGUCACUGGUGACGUAAUCACACGCGAUUGGGCAAUAGCGCGUAUCGGCCAGCCUCGAAGAUCCGAGUCUUGAGAGGAAAAAAAGUAAAGAACGAGGAGGAGUAGAUAGAGAUAGGCAGGGAGAUCCUAAGUAGUGGUCCCGAGGAUUUCGCGCGUCCGUUCGUGUGGCCAGCCGCAGAGAUGAAGUUGCUGCAAUCGAUACUCAUCGUGACCAGCGCCAGUGGGAUGCUACUGCCGUUCGCCGGUGGUAUGCAGGAAGGUGGCAGCCGAAUCUCGAAGCGUGCGAAGCCUCUGGACCCGGAGGAAGAGGACUACUACUACGAGGACGAGGUGGACGAGCGCAACAAUCCGACGAACGAGGCGCCUGUCGUGCCGCCGGGCUUCCUUAGUCCCUCGGUACGCGAGUACCUCGAUCUCGGUAAAUCGAUACCCGGUCGACCGGGCACGGACUACCCGGUACUGGGCAAGGUGCCCUACACCCAGUUCUACUGCGACGACCAGCCGUACCCGGGCUUCUUCGCCGAUGUGGAGACCCGCUGCCAAGCCUGGCACUACUGCGACAUCGACGGCCGACAGGCGACCUUCCUCUGUCCCAACGGCACGCAGUUCAGCCAGGCUGUCUUCGUCUGCGACUGGUGGUUCAACGUUCGCUGCGAACUCAGUCCCAAGCUCUACGCCAUCAACAGCCGACUCUACCAGAGACCUACCGAGAGUCCCACCAGACCACACCGCGUCAUCACCAAGGAGCUGCUGGAGAACAUCUUCGUAAAGAGAAAAUGAGAAGAGCUGAUUUCGAUGACAACGACUCGAAGCUUCGCGUCGGCGAUGAGAACCACUGGCGCUCGUCAACUUCCCGGCGCAGAACUUGGCCGCUUUUUUACGACGCCGAGAAAGAGCAGAGCGAGGGACGACACGGCUGCGAUGCCUCCUGGCGUCAUCAUCUAGACUACGAAGGAUUGAAUGCCGCUCGCAAACCCCUUACUCGCGCGCGAUCUUAAUCGCCGAUGGAGAGGAUUCAGGCGCGCAGCGGAAUCGAAAGAUGAGAUUUGUAUCUUUAUCGUUCUUUCUCCUCUCGCUGUCUCUCUCUCUCUCUCUCUCUCUCUCUCUCUCUCUCUCUCUCUCUCUCACUCGCUUUUACGGGCCUGUUUUCCGCCCGUGCAUGCGGAAAGAUGUAAAACGCGUCUGGCGCGAAUGCAGAGAAGGGAGGGAAGUUCAAUGAGUUCCUCUCGCUCUCUUUCUCCCUCUCGCUCGGACCAAUAACCGGGGUGAGAUUGCCAUUCGUCAAUAACGGGCCGAACUUUCCGUCGCGCGCGCGCGCGCGCGCGACCAACAGCCUCGAUACUUAGAGCUGGAAGUGCGCGCGCGAACUUUUGCGAAACUGUGCAUAAGGUAGAGAGCGGCACGGCUUCGAUCUUCUCCGACAGAUGCCAUGUUUUUCGUGCUACGCGUUUUAUUCUAUUCUUUUACUUUUUGUACAAGACGCGCGUGCUUUGUUCUUUGAGGAAGGAUCAAAGAUAGCCAGUAUGAUUUUUUUAGGUUAGGUUAUACGGAAUUUUUUAGGUUAAGUUUCACGUUCGUUACUUUAUUUGGAGAAAUAUUCGUGUAUUUUUUUGCUGCCGUUGCUCGAAAGAGGAAAAUCUGGGGCGGUACGAUGCAACGAGAGCGUGUAAAUAAGUAUAAGCAGAAAGUGCCUUGUAUAAAAAAAGUCGACGUAUCGAGGUCGGCGAAUAUUACGCGCGAGAUCUGUAGUGCAUAAGGAAAUUCGUAAAAUCAAAUUAAUCGUAGCCUUGCAGUACAUGAGCAACUUCUCGGAGGCGUAAUUUAUUUAAUUCUGUAUACAAUCUUUUACUUUUGUGAUAGUAUGUAAUAACAAAUUCCGCUCUUUUGCGCUACAACUUUUAUAGUAACCAAGUGUGUCUGCAUCAUUCGCGAUAUAUCUAACUUUCAGGAUUUGCUGUAAGAGUAAUGUGUUUGUCCUCGAGGAAUUCGUAAGGUUAAGAUAUCUUUAAAAUGCUGAAUAUAAUCGUAGAGCGAAGAUAAUGUACAAUUUACAGUAAAGAUAUUUAGGUUAAGAAUCAACUAACCAUUUAGGAUAGCGAGAAAAGAAAGAAACAACGAAAAACGAUUUACAAAAAGAGUAUGUGAUUUAAGUUCGUAGUAAAUAAAAUUGUAAUGAUGUUCGUAUCAGUUUGCCCUGAUAUGUUCCUACGUAAAAAUUUGAAGGUUGACACCAUUCUAAUAUUUACACGUUAACGUACUUACGCUAUUUUUAGUCUAAUGUAAGUUUUGUAAAAUGCGCGUUUAAGCACACAACAACCUGUAAAAUGUAAAAAAUACAGAAUUUUUUAUAACAACACACCACAUAAACGACUGUAUGUUUGAAUGAAACCGUAUGCAGGCCUAACGAAUUCAACGAAUUGUAAAUAAUUUAAGCGCUUUUGUAACAAAAGUAAUAUAAAAUAUAAGAUAUGCAAUACUAA